AGAAACAUUUGGCAGUCCUGUUAAGCAAACGUCAACGCUUGCGUUUGUCGUGUUGAUUACUCUCUUUCCGAGUUUGGUGUUUCUAUAAAUCAGACUAAAUAAAAAUGAAGCUUAAUGUUUCCUAUCCCGCUACGGGGUGCCAGAAAUUAUUUGAAGUUAAUGAUGAACAUAAGUUACGCGUAUUCUAUGAGAAACAUAUGGGACAGGUUGUUGAGGCCGAUAUUCUUGGUGAUGAAUGGAAAGGUUAUAUGCUGCGCAUCUCUGGUGGUAAUGAUAAACAAGGCUUUCCAAUGAAACAGGGUGUUUUGACCCAUGACAGAGUUCGUUUAUUGCUAAAGAAAGGGCAUUCCUGUUACCGCCCGCGUCGUACUGGCGAACGUAAACGUAAGUCGGUGCGUGGCUGCAUUGUGGAUGCAAACAUGUCUGUCUUGGCUUUAGUAAUUGUUAAGAAAGGUGAAAAAGAUAUACCUGGCUUAACAGAUACCUCUGUACCGCGUCGCUUGGGCCCUAAGCGAGCAAGCAAAAUACGUAAACUAUACAAUUUGUCUAAAGUAGAUGAUGUCAGACCUUACGUUAUACGACGUCCUCUUCCCGCAAAGGACAAUAAGAAAGCGAUUUCGAAAGCACCCAAAAUUCAACGACUUAUCACCCCAGUUGUUUUGCAGAGAAAACGUAGACGUAUUGCUUUAAAGAAAAAACGUCAAGCUGCUUCCAAGGAGGCCGCAGCUGAUUACGCCAAACUUUUGGCUCAACGUAAGAAGGAAUCAAAAGCCAAACGUGAAGAAGCUAAGAGGCGCCGUUCAGCUUCUAUGCGUGAAUCAAAGAGUUCUAUUUCAAGCGAUAAGAAGUGAAUAAAUCGUAGCGAUUUUUAAUUAUAAUUAAUUUCGUACUUUUCGUGGAUUUAAGAAAAUGGUUCUUGAAUCCACCAAAGAGUAGUAAGAAUAAAAUCUAAAAAAAA